AUGAAUCGCCCUCCAGAAGCUCGAUACGGUCUACCACCCGGACCUCCAGAACGAGGGCUGCGCUCUGUUUUCGUUGGCAACAUCUCGUACGAUGUCAAUGAGGACCAAUUGAAGGCGCUAUUUUCUCAGUUGCAAAUGUUGCAACAGGCUUUCGCUGCCCGACAAGAGGAUAGUCCAUAUGGCCCUGUACCAUCGGAAGGAAAGGCUCCAGAGGCUGUCGCAAGAGCCGUCGCCUCACUGCCUCCAGAGAAGAUGUUCGAAUUGAUGAAGCAGACCAAGGAUCUUUGCCGCACAAAUCCACAAGAGGCCCGCCGCAUGUUGGUCGACAACCCACAAUUGGCGUAUGCUUUUCUACAGGCGCAAGUGGUGAUGCGCAUCGUCGACCCACAAAUUGCGAUGGCUAUGCUGCAGAGGGAUCAGUCGACCCCUCAAGUUCCCUUUCACCAAGCGCCUCAAGCCGCCGCACCUAACCCAAUUCAUACAAAUCAGCCGCCGGCCGCUCAUCAACGCGCACCAGCUUUCAACAAUCCUCCACCUCCGAGUUUCGGCCGACCCCCACCGAAUGUGCCGCCACCGGCAGCCCCUAAGCCGCCGGAUAAUGAUGGCGCUCAGGCGCAGCUGCUCAUGCAGGUACUUCAACUGACCCCAGAAGAAAUUGCCAUGCUACCAUCCGGCGACCGAGAGCGUGUUAUUGAGCUGCGGAACCAACUCCAGCAUAUU